CUUUGCCCGUUUCCAAGCUUCUUCCGCUGACUCCGACGACUCUCUCUCUCUCUGAAUAUAUAUGCACAGGCCCACAUAUCGGAAAGGGACGUAUUACCCUUGAGCUAAUUCUAAUGUUGUUUUGGGUAUUACAUUGAUAAUUUUUUCCAGUUCCACCCUUGAGUCUUCUUCAUCAUCCUCCAAGCACUAAGAGUAGAAGUGUUUGUUUAUUUUAUUGCCAAUUAAGUAUGUCAGUAGAUAUGAUAAACGAGAUUUUGAAACUUUUACCAGUGGGAUGCGGAUUUCGUCCCACCGAUGAAGAACUGGUUAAUCACUAUCUGAAGUUGAAGACACAGGGCAAGGAUUCCGAGGUACAGAUCAUCCCUGUGGUUGAUGUCUGCAAAUCGGAGCCUUGGGAAUUACCAGAUCUUUCACGGAUAAAAACAGCUGAUCCAGACUGGUUCUUCUUCAGUCCCGUUGAUCUCAAGUAUUCAAAUGGCAGUCACGUCAACAGGCAAACAGAGGCUGGCUACUGGAAACCCACCGGUCAGGAUCGUGAAAUCAAGUCUGGGACCAACAAAAUUGGUACCAAGAAAAGUUUGGUUUUCUACAAAGGCCGUGGUCGUGCUGCCCUUAGGACCAACUGGGUUAUCCACCAGUAUCGCGCAGACAUUGCUGGCCUUCCUGCCAAUAGGGCCUAUGUCCUGUGUCACUUAAUGAAAAAAACAGAUGAGAAUACGGGGCCUGAUGAGGCUGUUGCCGGUUCUGGAAAUGGCCUAGCCAACAACAUGACCUUAGGUGCUGGGCUGAGCCACCAUGCCAGCGAUAUUGUUUCUGAUAUUGGAAAUUAUCAAGUAGAGGAAAUGAUUUUAGACGGAGAUCCUGAGCUAGAAGGUUUAUUGCAUGAACCCACAAUUCAUCCUCUAGAUUAUGAUUUGUUCCAUCACACAGAGCAAGGACUUGAUUUGGAUCUCUCGUCUUCCAGUGGCUAUAACAAUAGUUGUGGAAGUAUGCAGUUUCAGGAUGAGGAUGAUGCAGAAUUCGUUGAUGGUCUUUUCAUUGAUCAGGACGGAUACCCUUAUGGAGGAUUAAGCGAUGAGAGGAGCUCAGCUGUUUAUGGUUCUAUUGGCAGGCUAUCAGCCCGCCCACAGAGCCCAUUGAAGGGAGCAUAUGUUAAGGGAUCAAGGAGUGCCACAUACACUGAAGUGCUCCAUGUUAAGCCUAGUCUAUCGCAGGAAGCUUCCAGUCGUGUGGUUUCCAGUUCAAAGGAAUGUAUGCAGUCACCAAUGGCUCAACAGCAGCAUUCCGCUUCAGGAUUAUUCAGCAUUAACCAGCAGAGGCUAGCCAACUCUGUAGCACAUGGGGUUGCUCCAAAGAGUGUCAAAUUGGAAGGAAAUGACUUAAAUAAUGAGAUUCUCCUAGCAAAGUUAGCUAAAUUGAGUGGCAGCAUGAUAAAAUCGGAAGAAAAUUCAGUCUCCAUUAAGGCCAAAGACAGGGCAGAAUAUGGUUCUGCUACUGAUCUGCUCCAAAGCAAAAACCCCAUCAGAGAGUCCAAGAAAGACUGCGAAGUUCCUGAAAAAGCAAAUCCAAAGCUGAGUUCAAUGACAAGAUUGAAUGAGCCAGUUGGAAGCACUCAAAAGGGUUCCUUCAAUUCCCCAGAGACAGCUUCUGCAAGCCAUGAACCUAGUUCCUCACCGGCUGAACUUGUCAAUUUUCUCACAGGCAUAAUAUUGUUUGUGAUUCUUAUUGUUGUCAUGGUGCUAGACUUCAUCGCAAAGGUUUGAAAGCCUUUGCACUCAGUGAUAAUAUCACAUUUCGAAACCCACCCCCUAGGUUACUUUCUGAUACACUUUCUUGUAGAAAAAGCAUAAAAACUCAUAUGCAAAGAGUAUAAAUUUACCCUUCAAAUUUGAAAAAUCUUAAGAAGCUUUGUCAAGUA